AGCGAAAUUUUCUUAAACGUCAUAUCCUGUGCCUUCCAACUUCUUUUCGUCGCGCGCAUGCUUAGUUCUCUUUACGACUCGGCUGGCAAAGAUGGCGGACGUACAAACCGAGAGGGCUUAUCAGAAACAGCCAACCAUCUUCCAGAACAAGAAGCGUGUUCUGGUUGUUGAGGGUGCCAAGGAGAAGCUUCCACGAUACCACAAAAGUGUUGGGCUGGGCUUCAAAACUCCUAGAGAGGCCAUUGACGGAACUUAUAUUGACAAGAAAUGUCCAUUCACCGGAAAUGUCUCCAUCCGUGGUCGUAUCCUGUCCGGCGUUGUGACCAAGAUGAAGAUGCAGAGGACCAUCGUCAUCAGACGUGACUACCUGCAUUACAUCCGCAAAUACAAUCGCUUUGAGAAGAGGCACAAGAACAUGUCUGUCCACCUCUCACCUGCAUUCAGAGACGUCAUGGUCGGCGACAUUGUUACCGUUGGAGAGUGCAGACCCCUCAGUAAGACUGUGAGGUUCAAUGUCCUCAAGGUCACAAAGGCUGCUGGAGCCAAGAAGCAGUUCCAGAAGUUCUAAUUGGCGGUGGGCUCAGGAGAUGAGGUCAAUUAACAGGAAACAUUUUGUUAGCUGUCCUGUUGUGUUGAAUCUCAAAUAAAACAUCUUGCUCUA